AUGGAGAACGGCGUUCGGGCGUCGCUACCCACAAAUCAUGACAGAGACCACGGUCAAUUUGUUAACGGCAACGGGAAUCACGCACCUCAAUCCGCUCCUGACCGACACAAUGGCAAUGGCGUUUCUACCGGGGCCGGGGCUGGGGCUGGUAGCAAUAACGGAGCAAUCUCCAUGGCGAACAGGAAAGAACACGGCGACGCGGCGAAUGUAGCGCAGCUACAGCGAACAGGCUCUAAUCCGUCGCGUAUGAACGACCUCCCAGAUGAGAUAAAGCACAUUACAGAUGGAUUCAUUCCCUUGAGUGUGCUGCUGUCGCGACUCGCGCAGAAAACCCACAACCAGCUAGCGGAUGAGAUCGUUGCUUUGGCUAAGAUGCCGGCGCCGUCCUCUGCUGUUAACGGCAAUUCCUCACACGGUCCCGCCAUAACAGACGAUACUUCACCCGAAAAUCUCAGCAAGAAGACUAGAAUUCUAAACUUCAUCCAGGAUAAACACGCCGAAUGGGUAAAAGCGACAGUGAUUGCGAGAUGGAGCAGGAACGCCUCAUCUGUCAGCAGUCUGAUCGACUUGCAUUCUUUUAUCAGAAUGGAGCAGAAGAGGUACUUUGAUAUUAUGGCCAUUAUGGCAGAUCAUCGAUGGUCCCUGGCCUUCGCGCGACUUCCAAACCCCGACCUGCGAACUGCUCUCCACGUACUUUCCACCGGAACCGCCCCCUGGAUGCCGGACCUCAAUUACAUUGACCCUCCUCCUCUGACUCAAAAAGAGCAGCUGCAAUGGAUCGAAAACCUGAACACGCUACUUUCGAUUCGACUGAAUUUAGAGGACUAUGAUAAUAUUCCUUACCAUUUUCGAGACUACACCAUCGAUUCUGGGCGCGUCACCUUCAAGGUUCCUGGUGAGUUCGAGGUAGACCUCACAAUAGCCGACGAGGACUUCGAGAAGCAGUUCUGGUUCAUCGACUUUCGGUUCGAUUUCACCCCGGCACCCUCUGAGCUAUCCGACUCGAUGAGAAUGCAUUUGGAAGGCAAAGUCAAUGAGAUGCUAGAAAAAGAAGGCCUCAGGGGGUGUUAUAAAUUCCUCCACGAGCUGGUGCUAACUCACAAGAUUACGGAAUACCUGCGCCAAGCUUUCGAGCUGAAUAGGGAUCGUUGGGUGGAUACCCUCAAGGUCGAGCGGCUUAACCGGGCUUUGGCUAUUCAAUAUUGGGUGGGCCGCUACCCGCCGGAGGGCCCGAAGAGUUGGAUUAUCUUAGGUGUUAGUACCGGCAAGAAAGCAGAUGCACCCGAGGAUCCUAAAUCGACGAGUCAUCUUACCUUACGUUGGUUUAGGGAUAGUAAGGAGGUGAAGGACGUAGAGGUUCCACUUGACGAUGCGGUUAUCUCAACGGAGGAUCUUUUGAACCGUGUCAUCGGAAGGCAUAUCGGACAUAUCCUUGGCUCAAUAUACUCCAAGUUAAAACCGAAUGGACGAUUUACCAAGCGGGAAGCCGGCCUUGCUCUAGACGUACAAAAGGACGACCCGGCACAAUCGUCGCUCAGGGUGCAAAUAGGUUACGACCACUAUCUGACCGUUAGAGUCAGCCCCAUCACCGGAUUGUUCUCGAUGAAGCCGCAGUCGAGCAUGUCUUGGAAAGGAGAGCACAGGUUAAACUGGCUGUCGAAAGAUCCUAUCCAAGACGGGGCUGUCUGUGUAGAAGGUGUAAGAUGUCACUACGUCGUCGACGAAAUUAUCCGACGCGGGAAGAGCACAGGCUGGUUCGUCUGCAAAGCGCCCGUGAGAACGGAGGCUGUUAAGGAAGCAUUAAGGUCACGGGAAGUCGGCCAACUUGUGUGGCUCAGGCGGCGUGGUUGGACAGACCAGUGGUAUUUGAUGGUAAACAUGAGCUUAAGCGGGGAUAUGUGGUGCUUGACGGAAGUCUAUAAUCUUCCUACAGGAGACCCGCGAUUCUCAUCAUUUACCAAGUUACCGUUCAGCUCUUACAUGCCAAACCUCAAAAACAAGUUCUUCUCCAACUUAACCAUCUUUACUGCUGCUAUAAUAUCUCAUAUAACGGACAUGAGGACCCUCCAUCAACGACGAGUCAAACACUCCACUUACGCUGGAAUCAACUACGCACUCCCCCCGGGCUUGAAGGUUCCAGCCAUCUUUCUAAGGCUUACGGAUAUAUUGAGGCCACCCCAAUCGAACGAGCCCGGUCGGCGAAUUGCAUCUUGGGCACAUGACUACGUGCAGAUUAUGUUCAGAGGCGCAAGUGGCCCGUCUACUAAACCGCAGAUUUCAGACCGUCAUUUAAUGGCUGUUGAGGGUACCGGGGGAAAUGCAUCGUUGCAAAAAGAGUCUUUGCAUAUAUUCCUAGAAGCUCGGAUUCAGGUUUCCAAACCUUCUAGGUUUGGCCUGCUUAAGGGACAUGUUGAACGGGAUGUGGCAUAUAGCAGACGGUUAGGGGUAUUUGCGCUUCGUCUGGAGGAGAAAAUUGGAGGCACAAUGCUGGACACACUUGCUCAACGCCUACAGGCCAUUGAUAAGCUAGCCGACUGCAUCGAUGCGAUACGCCAAAGCGACAGGGACAUCCAGUGCGAGGAGAUUACACUUACAAAGAUCGUGGUUAAUUAUACAGACCGACUAAAAUCGGAGGCCGGUACGGCAGCGCAGCUACAUGGUCCCCGUUGGAAGGCGACGUUAGAGUUAGGUCCGAACGGAACUAGGCUAUUGUUCGACAAGGGCAAUCCCCAGCUACGCGCCUUGGAUCUAUUCCGACAACUUGUCAAUUCGGACCUUCGUUGCGAGAAGUUACCAUUUUUCUUAUCAAGCACGUUGCCAAUCCAUCGUGCUUUAGACUCAGUCGAGGAUGCUUGGGCUGGUCUCGAGACGAAUAAUCAAGGUCGCGUCGAAGUGUUCGUAGCGCACCUGGAUUGGUUCGAUAUACGCUACUAUCUUCCACCGAGUAGGAAUUCACACGUCACGCGCCGUUUGACGUUACAGAUCCGACUCCAAAAACGUCGUGAUAGCGUUGAAUGGGUAAUGUCCCGCGAGGAAGCCGGCGCGGUAAAGAAACCCGAUGACGAGUUUAAGCAGGCACUCGAAAAGGUCUGGAAUGCAGAUAAUAAGGUGUGGCAUUCUUUGCUUGACGCGGCUGCGUGCAAGACGGACCACCGCGUGGGAGAUAUGAUUAGAGCCGUAGACGAAAGCGUUAGGCGGCUCUUGACGCGCUCACCAACGCUUUUAAAACAGAACCAUCCCAAAGGCCAGGUACCGGCUAAGAACCCAACCCAGGCUAUGUAUCAUAAGGCGAUGGCAGCCGUCUUCACAGGAACGACCAAGCUCGUUAACACCUCGCCGAUCCCCUCCGAGGGCCACGCCCGCAUCACUAAAGCCGCCGCCGUCGAGCUCCUACACGACCACGUCUUCUAUCUCAAGUGCGAGCCGCACUACGUCUCGCACCGGGAUCUACCCCCCACCUCCACCAGCACCGACGCCGCCGCCGCCAAAUCAGCAUACCAGCUGCCGCGGGACCUGGAGCCGUUGGGCGAGCCCGCCGUCAAGCUAUACGAGGUCGUGGACCAUGUGCCAAACCCGGCGUGGAGCUCGAGCGUCGUGAGCAACGAGGAGUUUGUGGACUUCAAGGAUGGCUUGUGGGUGAGGAUUCGCAGCCCGUUGUCGGUGGUUAUGGAGACUAGGUGGACGAUACGGGAGAGGAAGGGCACGGGGGAUAAUGGGGAGGGAGAGGGAGAAGGAGAAGGAGAAGGAGAAGGAGAAGGAGAAGAAGGGGGGCUGGAGCUGGUGGAGGAUGUUACGAUUAGUUGCUCUAAGCUGCUGCUAGGCAUUGUGAAAGGCCAGGUUGAUAAUAAUUGGAGGGAGAUACAUAGGAAGAUUGCUGCGAGGUUGGUUGAGGAUGCGAAGAAAGCGGAGGGGGAGUGA